AUGACAGUCGAGCAAUUUCUAGCAGACAUCAACCGCACAUUCACUGGCCCUCAAGACGACCAAAAAUUUCAAACUUUAACGCGCUUGCUCUGCGUUGACCCCACCGAGAACCGAUACGUCACGAGCAUCUACAACAACACGGCCGCGUCGUCGCACGUUUCAUCUAGCAUUCACACCGAGUACGAUGCAGACUGGCCCGCUUUCGGCUCGGUUGUCUCGAGCUUCAUCCGCCUUUGCCAGUUAUGUGAUCCGUGGUCUGCUUUAAGGUCGUUUGACUUGUACACCACUUACUUGAACGACUUGUCUAUUGCUUUCAACAACAAUAACUUCGGGUGGCUUCUAUCUGGAGUGAUCAAAUCUACUAUUGGAAUGGUGCUUCCGUGGGCGUUGAGGUUGGACCGACUGAUGUUCCAGCGGGAGCAAGGCGGCAGGUACAGAUUGGGGUUCAUGGCGUCUGUGCUUUUGAAAAUCUUCAACAAUAUCAGAGUCAACGAUACAAACAAGUACAAAAAGAGCAUCAUGUUGUACUUGGGGAACAAAUUAUGCUACAUCUAUUGGAAGUUGGAUAACCCCUUGCUAUGUCGGAACAUAUUCAGCAAUAUGAACAAUACAAGUUUGAAAAUUGACGAUUUCCCCCGUGGCGAGCAAUUGAAAUAUAGGUUCUAUCUCGCCAAGUACUAUUUCAUCAAGUACGAGUUGAUUGAGUGUUUCCGACACUUGCUGUGGUGCUUGGUCAACACGCUGAGCGCCAAGAACCAGAAGUUGGUGAUUGAGCUUUUGCUCCCCGUGAGCUUGGUGCUUGGAAAGAAGCCCAACUUCGGGAGUUUGCAGCAGCAAGUGCACGACGCGAGCGUGCAUGAGGCGUUGCACAUUUACAGCGAGUUGUUCCGAGUCGUGGCGCGCGGCGACCACCAGAGCUUCACGUUGUUGCUUGAGCGGAAUCACCACUAUCUAAAGAGAAACAACGCGUUGCUUUUGAUGAACCGAGUCGAGAUUUUGUUGUACAGAAAUUUGGUGCGGCAUGUGUGGAGGAUUUUGGGCCAACCUUUGAGCGUUGCCAUCGAUGUGGUGCCCACUCUCGAGAGCGAUUCGCUUUUCAAGGAGAACUUAUUUGUGAGUCUUAUCGAUUCAAAUAUGAUCAAGGGGAAAUUGACAACCAAGGGGGUGUUAGUCUUGAGCAAGACGGAUACCUUCCCCGAUGUCUUUGACAUUUACACAAAGAGAUUCGGCACUCGAAAUGGACAAGCUAAUGACUGGAUGUAG